CUGCGCGGGUCCGGGCCAGGUGCCGAGGUGCACGGAACCGCAGCGUGGAGGCUCCUGGAGCUCGCAGCCUUCCGCCAUGCCCUCCUACACGGUCACAGUGGCCACCGGCAGCCAGUGGUUCGCUGGCACCGACGACUACAUCUACCUCAGCCUCGUGGGCUCUGCGGGCUGCAGCGAGAAGCACCUGCUGGACAAGCCCUUCUACAACGACUUUGAGCGCGGCGCGGUUGAUUCUUAUGAUGUGACAGUGGAUGAAGAACUGGGCGAAAUCCAGCUAGUCAAAAUCGAGAAGCGCAAGUAUUGGCUCCAUGACGAUUGGUACCUGAAGUACAUCACGCUGAAGAUGCCCUGUGGAGAUUACAUUGAGUUCCCUUGCUACCGCUGGAUCAGCGGUGAGGGCGAGAUUGUCCUGAGAGACGGACGUGCAAAGUUGGCCUGCGAUGACCAAAUUCACAUUCUCAAGCAGCACAGACGUAAAGAGCUGGACACACGGCAAAAACAGUAUCGGUGGAUGGAGUGGAACCCUGGCUUCCCUUUGAGUAUUGAUGCCAAAUGUCACAAGGAUUUACCCCGAGACAUCCAGUUUGAUAGUGAGAAGGGCGUGGACUUCGUUCUGAACUACUCUAGAGCGAUGGAGAACCUGUUCAUCAACCGCUUCAUGCACAUGUUCCAGUCUUCCUGGAGCGACUUCGCCGAUUUUGAGAAAAUCUUCGUCAAGAUCAGCAACACUAUUUCUGAGCGGGUCAUGAACCACUGGCAGGAAGACCUCAUGUUUGGGUACCAGUUCCUGAAUGGCUGCAACCCGGUGUUGAUCCAGCGCUGCACCAAGCUGCCCGAGAAGCUCCCUGUGACCACAGAGAUGGUGGAGUGCAGCCUGGAGCGGCAGCUCACUUUGGAGCAGGAGGUCGAGCAAGGGAACAUCUUCAUCGUGGACUUUGAGCUGCUGGAUGGCAUCGAUGCCAACAAAACAGACCCUUGCACCCUGCAGUUCCUGGCAGCACCCAUCUGCUUGCUAUACAAGAAUCUGGCCAACAAGAUUGUCCCCAUUGCCAUCCAGCUCAACCAAAUCCCAGGAGAUGAAAACCCGAUUUUUCUCCCUUCGGAUGCAAAAUAUGACUGGCUUCUGGCCAAAAUCUGGGUGCGCUCCAGUGACUUCCACAUCCACCAGACCAUCACCCACCUUCUGCGCACACACCUGGUAUCUGAGGUUUUUGGCAUUGCCCUGUACCGCCAGCUGCCCGCCGUGCACCCCAUUUUCAAGCUUCUGGUGGCACACGUGCGGUUCACGAUCGCCAUCAACACCAAGGCCCGCGAGCAGCUCAUCUGCGAGUACGGCCUCUUUGACAAGGCCAACGCCACAGGGGGCGGUGGGCACGUGCAGAUGGUGCAGAGGGCCAUGCAGGACCUGACCUACACCUCCCUGUGCUUCCCUGAAGCCAUCAAAGCUCGGGGAAUGGACAGCACAGAGGACAUUCCCCACUACUUCUACCGGGACGACGGGCUCCUGGUGUGGGAGGCCAUCAAGACGUUCACGGCCGAGGUGGUAGGCAUCUACUACAAGAGUGACCAGGUGGUGGUAGAGGACCAGGAGCUGCAGGACUUCGUGAAGGAUGUGUAUGUGUACGGCAUGCGGGGCAAGAAGACCUCAGGUUUCCCCAAGUCCAUCAAGACCAGAGAGAAGCUGUCGGAGUACCUAACGGUAGUGAUCUUCACAGCCUCAGCCCAGCAUGCAGCGGUGAACUUUGGCCAGUAUGACUGGUGCUCCUGGAUCCCCAAUGCCCCCCCAACCAUGCGGGCCCCCCCACCAACAGCCAAGGGUGUGGUCACCAUCGAGCAGAUCGUGGAUACGCUGCCAGACCGUGGCCGCUCCUGCUGGCAUCUGGGCGCAGUGUGGGCACUAAGCCAGUUCCAAGAAAAUGAGCUAUUCCUGGGCAUGUACCCAGAAGAGCAUUUCAUCGAGAAGCCUGUAAAAGAGGCCAUGGCCCGAUUCCGCAAGAACCUUGACACCAUCGUCAGCGUGAUUGCUGAGCGCAACAAGAACAAGAAGCUGCCAUAUUACUACUUGUCCCCAGACCGGAUUCCCAACAGCGUGGCCAUCUAAGUCGCCACCUGAGCCAAGUCUCACGUGCACACAGUCAGCUGCUCGCGGGCAGGCUCAGCACCCAGACUCCAGGCUGCCCAGGCGGAUUGGCUCACAGGGGCCCCAGGGCAGGACCUCCUGGCAGCUUGCUCUCCUGAGGCUGCUUCGGUUCCUCAGGCCCCAGGCUGACUGGCUUCAAACCAAAGGCUGCCCAGGUUGGGCUAUGUUAUGCCUCAGCUUCAGUGCAUUUUCCAGUCUGUUCCUCAAUCUUUAGUGAAUCCCAUACUUUGAUCCAAGUGGGUACACUGCAGGGACCCAUCCUACACAGAGCAGGACGAUGUUGCUUCCUGCCCCAUGCCUCGCUCAGUGCUUCCACACCGGGCAGGAACAAGAAGUCAGGACAACUGAUAGAUGUUUGUUCUUGUUGAGAGGCAUGGAAUGAUUAUUUUCUGUUUAUGCUUCAUCUAAUUUCUUGCACAUAGUAAGUGCCCAAAUAAAUCCUUGUGGAAUGAAUGAAUUGGUUGUCAUAAAAAUAAAGGAGUGCAUUUAGAACAA